CUGGUAUCCGGUCAAGAGCGUUGGAGCUGUUGAAAAUGGCGAUCCCUAAGUUGAUUGAAAAGGAGGAUCCGAGGCGAAUACAGGCCGUCAACGAAUUCAUGGAUGAUUAUAGCACUGAGUUCCUUGAGGUUUUGACAGCAAAAUUUCUGGAUGCUAAUGAUGAGGUUUACGCCAUCACUGUCUGGGGCACGCUAGUCACAUUAAUGGGAAAGAGACUACAAGAAAGUCCAUUGCUCAAGCCCAUGCUAAAGAUGGUGGAGAAAUGUUUUAAUUCGACAUCAUCCACGAGGACAGAAAUCAACAUGGCCGCGUUUCAAGCAUGGACGCGCCUCAUAUAUAAUUUUGCUAUUGGCGGACAUAUCGCAAACGAAAGGCCUCUUGGACUAAUGCUUGCCCCAAUCGCAAACUGCCUUUUUUACGAAAGUCAGAAGCGCAUUCGACUAGCAUGUUUCAACACCUGGAUAUCCUUAUUUAUGCCCUCGGUUCCAGUCUAUCAAAGCUACUUCAUCUUGCGCUUAUCACAGUACGCAGAUCAGGUCCUAUUUCCGCAGCUGAAGCUUGCGAUUGUGGACGAGUCUGAGCAUGUCCGUGACCUCGCGCUCAGACUCAUUGCGGCACUGAUCUCUAACUCUGGCGGUCAAGGUAUGGAGCGUUGA